UGUCGGUUUUGUCUGCGUUACGGUGGGUCUGAAGAUGGCGGAAGCUCCCUUACAGCCUAGCCGGUUUUUCUGUCAUCGAUGUUCGGCUGAAAUCAGCCCUCGUCUGCCGGAUUAUACUUGUCCACGGUGUGAAUCUGGCUUUAUUGAAGAAUUACCAGAGGACAGAAGUGCUGAAAAUGGGUCCACGUCCGCCGCCUCUGGCAGCGAUCAGAACCAGCAUCCUUUCGAGAAUUUGGACCAGCACUUGUUUACAUUCCCCCCGGGGUAUGGGCAGUUUGCUCUAGGGGUUUUUGACGAGAGCUUUGACUUCGGCGCAGGACUACCGUCUGAGGAUAACCGAGAGGCAGAAAACCGGAGGGAGCGGGAACUGGCAUCACGGCAGCGUUAUGGAGCCAGACAGCCAAGAGGGCGGCACGUGCUUCGGAGGCAGGCGGGCAGGCCUGAAGGUGUGCCUACUCUCGAGGGAAUUAUCCAGCAGCUAGUGAAUGGAAUUAUCGCGCCAACAGCGAUGCCAAACAUUGGCAUCGGACCGUGGGGCAUGCUUCACUCAAACCCAAUGGACUAUGCAUGGGGAGCCAAUGGACUCGAUGCUAUUAUCACACAGUUAUUAAAUCAGUUUGAGAACACUGGACCUCCUCCAGCAGAUAGGGAGAAGAUUAAAAGUCUCCCAACUGUCCAGAUCACAGAGGAGCACGUCGGUUCAGGUUUAGAAUGCCCAGUGUGUAAAGAAGAUUACAGCUCAGGGGAAAAUGUUAGGCAACUCCCGUGCAAUCAUUUGUUUCACAAUGAUUGUAUAGUACCUUGGCUUGAACAGCACGACACGUGUCCGGUGUGCAGGAAAAGCUUGAGUGGACAGAACACGGCCACAAAUCCACCGGGCCUAUCAGGAAUGAACUUCUCCUCUUCCUCCUCCUCUUCCUCCUCCAACUCGCCCAGUAACGAGAAUUCCACCAAUAACUCAUAAGACCUUCCGUCUCUCCCUUCUGUCCCUUGCUCCACCAGAAACACGGAGCCCCUUAACCCAGCCAAUGAAAAUCAUCGCAGGGGGCUCCUGUGAGGCAGAGUGGGCUAAAUUAAAUCCAUGCAUACCUUCCCCACCCCCUCCCCCCCCUUUACCUUCCUGUUGCUUGUGAAGUAGAGAAACAGUCCCAACUCCCCGGCAGUCAGUGAAACGCAAGCCCCACCCAUCGAGUGGCCUGGUCCAAGCCGGGAGAAUGGAGGGGUGACCUGAAGCUGGAGGGGCCAGUCAGAACUCGGGAAAGACCAUUAGGGAAUGAAAAACAACCACGGAAAGAACAGGCCCACCGCCCUGCUUACAGACGUUUUUACACUCUUGCUCCCUGAGUCUGAGGAGUACGCUUGGUUUAAGUGGAAUGAGCAUAUGAUUUGUUUUUAGCUACUCCUUUGACUGUACAGGUAUCUGUGGUGAAGCGGAAAUAUGUGUACAUACUCGUAUUUUUUUAAAAAAAGCAUUUUCUAUCUGUACAGCCAAAGGACUCGAAAAUGUGUGUGAGGAGGGACAGUGAUGCUGAGUGUGCAUUUCAUUAGGGUUUAACUUGCACAUUAUUUCCUUCUGAUGAUUUAAGUGAGGGUAGACCCCAAUAAGCAUUUAGUUUGGGGACAUUUUAUUUGCGACGUCCAAAAGCGCGCUCUGCCCAUCAGAAAACUUGACGUCACAUUUAGAUUUUUUAUUAACAGAGUAACGGUUGUUAUCCUGUUAAUACGUUUUCAGCCUUAUGUUUUGAAAGCAAGUAAAAAAUUAUGCUGUGUACCUCAGAUACAUGGAGCAAAGCCAAAACUGAUUCAAUUUCUAGAAGAAAAAAAGACACCUUGACAGACCCUGUCUGUUUCUUCCCUGGAAUCUGACAGCAAACCAUAACGAGGAAGCCGAGAAAUGGUCUCCGUUUCCCAUGAAGUCACUCACACACUCAGCCUUUUCUUACAUAUUCAGUGAAUUUCAGUACAAUGCAUUUUUAACUUAUUCUAAGUUAAUGGAUUGUUUUGUAAAAAUCAUAAUAAAAACAAAAUGGAAUCCGAAUAUAUUGCAGAUGUUGUAAAAAUUUUGGAUUGGUAGGGAAGAGGAGAAUGUAGACUUGGGGUUUCCCUGUUAACUUUGAACAUUGCCAGAGGUAUGGUGGGCAUGUGUCUGUGUUCAUGUGAUUAGUCCCAUUUAUGCAUAGUUGUACGUGUUGUUUUUGAUGACCAAUUCAGUUUUAUGUUUUAACUUAUUUUAUAUUUUUUUAUUUGCAAUAUAGACAUACAGCCAUGUUUAUAUUGUAUUUUAUCAGUACAUAAAAUUUCUUGAAAUUUGAA